AUGCGUUUCUCGUUACAGUCUCUCGCUCUGUUGCUCUCAACCCAAGCAGGUCUCGCUGUCGCAGGAAAUUGCAAGCCCUCGCCGACUACAACAGCCGCUGCAACCACCACCACCGCUGCCCCUCAAGGAACAGCCCUUGUCGCCGUCCUCUCCGACGGAAGCGUAACAAAUACCUAUCUCAACAACCGGAUCCUCAGCGAUCAAGGAGACACCCCCGCAACCUUUAUCCUCGAGCCAUCAACCGGUCGCCUCACCACGACUGUUGAUGGCAAUAAAUACUACCUCCAGACCGUCAUCCCACUGGGUCCCCAGCUGUCCUUCCAGUUUGACACGUACCAAAACAUCAUCAACAACCAGUAUCGGUACUUUGUUAAGUGCACAGUCGUCGCGGGCUUUCUGUCGUGCGAGUCUGAGAGUGGUUCGACGCCGAUUUAUUGGCAUAUUGAGAGCAACAACUUGUUCUAUGGAAAUGAAAACGUGCUUACUGGUGUGACUACUGCUCAGUUCCGGUUCCAGUAG